AGGGUGGGGUGUGUACUAAGAUGGGAACAGGUGAAUUCUGACACCCGGUUUCACUUGCUGUCACCUUCUUCUCUGCAUCGCACGCACAGCUCUUCUGUCGGUGAAGGACGAAGACAUGGACGGCAACACCACUGUGAAUGAUGUAAAAGCAGACCCAGGUGGUCCCCCCCAGGCUUCAUCCACAGACAUCCAGGCUCCUCCUCAACAGGUUCAGUAUCAGGUGGUCCAGCAGGACGUCAUGAACCCGGGAGGUCAGAUGACUCAACAAGGUCACGUGGUCCAAAUGACUCCUCAGCCAGUGCAAAUGGUCCAACAGCAGCCCAUCCAGGUUAUGAUUUGUUCUGGGGACCUGGGUGAUGUCCCCACCUUAACCACCUGCAGGAACUGUGGACAGCGGGUCGAAACCAGGGUGGUGUAUCAAAGUGGCGUGCUGGCCUGGCUGAUCUGUGGACUCUGCCUUCUGAUUGGGCUGUGGUGCGGCUGCUGUGUCAUCCCCUUCUUCAUGGACAGAUGCAAAGACGCUCAUCACUACUGCAGCAAAUGCAACACUAACCUCAGUGUUCACAAGAGACUGUAGAAGUCAACCCCCCCCACCCCCACCCCCGCACACACACACACUCAUUUUGUGUGUCACUGUGAGUCUGAUGCAUCUCUUUAUAUUAAAGCAACACACGCAGCAAUGUAUUCCUUCUGUGGUAUGUUGGUAUAAUCAAGUUCAGCUAAAUCAGUAUAUGAAAAUAUAAAUGAUCAACUUGAUGGUGUUUGGUUGUGGGAUAAGCAGAUGAUCACACCUGUCUUUGACUGGUCCAGGAGUGCUCACAACAAAAACAUGUCAGGAAACCUUUCGCAGCACAACUGGAAGCUGUGGGACAACAAGAUGUUAAAAACUCUGGUCAGGCUGGUGGACCUCUGGUGGGUUUUGUUUAUGUACUUCUCUGUUUUUUCUCCUUUAAUAAAUCAACCAAAAGACAA